AUGAGCGGCGUCGGUCUCGAGGUUUUGCUCGAGGGUCUCAUCCCCGAGAUCGCCUAUUCCGGAGAGACAGGCGUGUCUGUCUCUGCACUGCUGAGAAUUGUCCGUCAGUAUCACAACACUCUCGACGCGCGGCAAGAUGCAACUUCAGGAGAAGAUAUCGCUGCUGUGGCGGCGCAAAUCACACAGAAAGAUGAAGAGAAGCUCGAUGAAAGCUCUUUCUCACCGGCCGAGAUGGUAUCGGCUCGCUGGGCCUGGGAUUGGCUGCGAACCCGACCCCAAAUCUUAAUCAACAAGAAUAAGCGCUACAACAAGCUUGAGCUACAAGAAGUUCUCGCUCUACCGGAAGCCGCUGAGAGCAAUGGAGCAGAAGUCGAUGGCGAGCCUGCCGACAUUUUCAAAGAACCCGCACCAAAAGCAAAACAGCCGGCGUCCAAGCUCAGCAAAGCAGCUGCUUCUCAUCAGAAAGCCUCCAAAUCGAGAUUUAAAAAGGCGUUACUUACUAUUCGGCCUCGAAUCUACCCUGCCGAAGACCUUGUUUGGCAGACUCUCACUCGCCAUGGUGUAGACUACAAGAGAGUCCCCGUUCUUGAAUGGAAGUGUUUGCUUGGCAUUGCAUCUGUUAGAGACAAAGGCAUUUUGCAGAGCGACCUUCGAAGAUUAGUGGAUCAGGAUAAACGCUCCCUUCCCAAGCGAACCGAUUCCCUUGCCAGGAAAGGCUACAUCGCAAAGCGGACCAUAGUAGUGUCCAAGAUGAAAACUAGCAAGCUCUGGCUUAUCGACUUCGCGCCCCCCAUUCUGGAGACUGAGACUGGUGGUCUUGAUUUGUCAGUCGAGACGCUUACCAAGGACCUGGAGCCCGUUACCUGGCAUGAUCGGUGGACUAGGGAUAACAUCGACAUGGAGGCUUUCGCUCGAACCUUCGUCGGCGUCGUCAAGGCAUGGCAAGUCAUUCGCUAUGCCGAUUUGAGGUCCAAGAUGGGCGUCGUGGGGAAACACUGGCAGAUGAAAACCCUUGCCAAGAACUGUCAACGUAUCGUUGACUUGGGUGUUCUCAAGUACACCGCUGCCACCUUUCCUGGCGCACGUAAAGUCUUCAAGGACUGUCUCAAGUUCAUAAGGGACCCAACAGACGAGGAAUGGGAAAAGUUUCUUGCCACAGGCAAGAAGACAUCGCUCUAUUCGGAUGCCACACGCCAUCGGGAGCCCAAACCUAAUGCGCUGGCCCUCUUCGGAAAAGCCACCAAAGCCGAUGAGGCGGCGAAGAACGAGCCCAAGCCCAAGCGUCGCCGUAUCUUCCCUGGCUGGACUCCAGAGAAGCCCCUUGCUCAAAAUGUAUUUGAAGUGAUACAGAGCGCAGGCCCAGCAGGAGCCUCGAAUCCCCAGGUCAGCGUUGCCACGGUCGGAUACGCCUUCCGCCGAUACAUGGCAAGCCACUUAACCAAGGUCGCUGAAACGCAGCAACCACCGCAUCUCAAGCAUUUUCAAGUUGUAAGCAGACUGGAGAGGAAAGGGAAGACUUCUGCCUAUAUGUUUUCUGUGGCAAACCCUGCUGCUGAAGAUGAUACCGAAGACACCCCACCCGCUGCGGCCGGCGCCAGUGCCUAUGGCUUUGGCCAAGUACGAGCAAAAUCGUUCCCCGAAACAUCGGACCUUUCGCUUACGGAAAUCUGCCGGUUGGCCAAGAAGCCUCGUUCGAUGGCAAAGCGAAAAGGUCGCCACCUGAGCCGACUUGAAGCCAUGUCACAGACCGAGGCCGAGGCGUCCAAAACCCCAGACGAUGUUGUCAUGUCAGGACAGCCGAACUUUGAGCCCAUCACGCCAGUAGACCAGAGUGUGAACGGAGAUGAUGCCAACGCUGAAAACCUCGCAAGCCACACAGAGACUACGUCUCCUGAGCCUAUGGAAGAGAGACCACCUGGUGCCUACAGAGGGAUUCCUGGCUCUCUUAACCCAAACCCACAGACUACUGGACGACCCAGAAAGUCCAUUGUCAUUGUGUUCAGAUCGCAUAGGCUGAAGGACCUCAGCUUCUUGGGUACUUCUCAGGCGUCUGGCACGGAUCGAUCUCCGGCAUCCCCCAUCUUGGGAGGUACCAACCACCCAAAGACCGUACUGAAUGCGAGCUAUAAUGGCAUUUCCGGAAAAUUGACAUUCUCUUUGGAAGGCCGGGCGGUCAUAUUCGACAGGGAUCUGGAAGAAGCUGGUAAAGAACCUCUCGCCAUCAAAGCUGAUGAUAUGCUGGAUGAUCCGGCUAUACGGGACGUCCCUGGGGCAGACGGCAAGAGCUUGGUUGUUGUGACCAAGGAAAGUGGUAAUGGGACUCCUUCCUGGACCUUCGUGUUUAUUUUUGAGGACACGGACGAGCACAAUCAAAAGGCCCUGGCAAUUCUGAAAGAGAUUGCAACACUCAGAACAAAUCAAAACACCAGCCAGCUCAUAGCUGCUGAACCAUCAACCCCUCAGAGUAUUGUAGAUGAUCUGGCACCAGCGAGAGGUGGAGCUGCUCGCGGUGGCCGUGGUGGCCGCGGUCGUGGGGGAAGCACCCGAGUCCGAGGAGGCCGUAGGGCGCAGAUGCUUCCAGCCGACUCAAAGCCAUACAAGUGCGAAACAUGUGGUGGUGCUUGGAAGAAUGACAUUGGACUCAAGUAUCACCAAACGAAAGCUCAAACGCCUUGCAACCCGAACUUCGACCCUUCUACUGUCAUAGAACGCGGAAGAAAGCGACGGAGGAUCAUGUCACCGGAGCGUGAUGCUGCUUCUGUAGCGUCGAAUGCUGGAGAUAAUACAACCGUACCAGUUGGCACCCAACCGGAGAAGGACGGGCGCAGAAUGCGAAAAUCAUCAGCUCGCUCACGCACCAAUGUCAGAGCCGGUGUUCGAGCGAUCCAGAAUGCCGGAAUGGCUUUUCGUGGGUUGAAUGCCGACAAUGUCAUUGAAAGCGUAGAAGAUGCUGCUCAACUACCGACUCAUCAGCAACAUCGAGGAGCCAGCAGUCCUCUAUUUUCUCAUGUCGCCCAUGUUGCACCUAAGCCCAAAUGUGGAGGAAUCAUCCGUAACUUCUCCAAGGAAGAUGAUACCCUCACAACACCCAGCAAUCCCGGUAGCCAACAUGAUGCGAUGCAGAUUCAGCAUCUUGUGGACGCACAACAAACACCCCAGCGUGUACAGCCAUAUAGUCAUCAAGAUGAACACCUCUCUAUUCCCGGAGUUGAUGCUAGUCUUAGAAGAUCCCUCGUGGACCAAAGGAAAUCAGUACCCUCAGUCCAACUAUCGGCGUAUACCGAGAUACCGCACCAACAAGGCCGUCAAAUUGGUACUAGCGGUUACGCCUCCGAUCGUGCUUCACCUUCUUCCAGAGUUGUCCAGAUGUCGUUGUAUCCUGAUCCUAGCAAUAUGCAACCCUCAUACGCAGGCCCGGGCCCACACUCUAACCAGGGACAUUAUGUGCAAAGCCACCAAGAUGUUCAUGUUGCUUCAUAUUCGUCACCCCCUCAACCCUCCCGGUAUUCACAGGAAUACGGUCACGCACUGGAUAGUCAAACAGUUGAUGAAGCAUACCCGGAACCGUACCCAGUCAACAUUCAGCAGCAUCAACAGCCUGCUAGCCAAGUUCAAGUUGAAGUGGCGCCGUUCAUUCCUUCCAAAGACUACAGUCGUUUUUCCACCGAGGCCAAGAAGAGGACCGCCCAGGCUCGUGACAUCAUUCUGUAUCUUCUGGACAACAACUUUGGCGUCUUCCCUGGGGGCAAAUCUUUAUUCUAUGCCCUGACUAAAGUGUACCUUCGGGCGUUCAGACACCAAUCUCCUCCAACCUGGAAGAAUCAUCAGGCCGCAAUCAAAGCGCUGGAAACUCGCCAUCUAGCUAUUCUUCACACCCACAUGCUGAGGACGGAGGCGGGCAGGUUCAUUGAACUCUCUCUUAUUUUGAAAACUGGCGUCAAGACCAACGAUCCAAUGCCAAUGAAGGUCAAGAGAAGGAUGAAGGAGAAGUAUCCAAGCCUCUAUAUUCCCACAGCGUUUUCACCGACGCAAGAAGAGCUCGCCACUUUGGAGGAACUGUACGAGAAACCUGCUGGUAAUAGCAAAGAAGAGCGGAAGGUCAACGCAAAUGGCCAAAAGUUUCGAAGCAGGAGAAAGAUUGACGAAGUCGAAGUCUUUAACGCGCCCUUUUACACUCAGCACAACGAUGAGAAAGUCCGCGACUCUACGGAUCCUCUCUGGGUAUUGGAAUCUGAAAAGGCCAGCUCCUACAAGCGCCCAGCGGGAGAUGAGCUUUCGGACGGCCACCCAGAAAAGAGAGCAAGAUUGGAUGAGCGAGGUACACCAAGCAAACGUGACGGCGCGCAUAAUGACGAUUCGGAUGGUUCCACGUGGGAGCCGGAUCACACAUCCCCCUAUCACACAGGCCCGAGGAGGAGGGGACGUCCCGCAAAGCUUUACGCACCAACUUACACGAAACACAUAACCGACCAAGAUGAGAAUAUCGAACCCCCUUCAGUCAUUGAGGCGAUCAAGGCAUACGGCCUGUUGCCGGCUAAGUACGGCAGUAAGAAGAAAGAAGCGGCGCUCAGAAAGUUGCACAAAUUGCUUCCGCAUGUUGGUAAAGUGAGAAAUCCAGGAUUGGGCAGCUUGCCGCCUUGGUUCUUUGACAACCGUCUACGACCUAUCGAGAAACGCGUUGUUGAGGUCCAGUUUCUAGAACCUAACCUCGACAUCCAUGAGGCCGGUGCUUCCACAGAAAAAGGACAGUCGAAGCAAGCUGCGAAGUCAGUCCCAUCAAAGGACGUAGAGUCCACAGCUGGCGAUGAUGCCACAUCAAAUAAUGAAAAGGCUGAGGGAGUCCAUAAGCCCGUAGUAUUUCAGUUCGCCCCUUGUACUACGAUUCAAGACGAAUCACGGGGUUCUUGGUCCUCAAAGGGGUGGCAAUUCUUCGAGAACCACAAUGGUAGUUUUGCUGUCCAAGGUUGGAUGCCAGAUCUUGACUCUCUUACAGAGGAGAACCUACCUCGCAGUGCUGAAGCGAUGGCCAAGGGCCCAGGGAUCACAUUCAACCCCGAUAGCUGGAAGGAUCCGGAAUACGGGAGAGUCACCACACUCAUUGACAAGUGCGUGGCGUGGGAACGCUCUUCACCUGGUACCGCCUUACUCACAGCCAAUAUCGUGUCGUCGAAACCUAUUUUCAUCAACAUUUCUUCAUCGACGACCAAGACUAGUAUGAAAAAUCUGACGCUUAAAUGGUCAGAGGAUCGACAGUUUGGCUUGGAUACCUUGCCGUAUGAUGACGUUGUUCAGGUGGCGGACGAUGAGUCGCUCCCGUAUGACGGUGACAGCCCCGACAGAGUCAUCGUACGGCCUGUCCGGGCCACUCGCACGACCCGGAAAACUGAACCGAACAAACCGGGACGAAAAGGCCACGGAGGCCGGCCUCCCAAGAUCAAACUUCCUGCCAUCAAGACGGAGCGUGAGCACACAGCUUAUCCCACCACGGACAAUGACUUCUUGCGGGUUUCCGGUGACCGCUCACUGGAGCUGGACUGGAGCAGCGAUAACGUCAAGGUUACCGCGUUUGUGGUCGUCACUACACUGCUGGGUGGUGUUGACAGGGUGGUUGAUUGGGGUUUGAUGAUGAGACUCUUCCCCGAUAUGACGCUCAGCCAGCUCAGGCAUACUUGGGGUUCUUUGAAGAAGGACCGUAUGUCGAGUAUUGUGAACCUGACUGAUAAGUUCAGACGUGCUUUCCUCAAAGCCUAUGGAGUGGGCGUGCCGAAGAUCAAUUUUGACAAUAUCCUCGAAUACGAUUGGAAGUGGCUCAUCAAGUGGGCUUCCAACCUUGACGAGUUCCGUCAUGCCGACCUACCGAAAUCCAGGACUGCUCUCGAGAGAGACUAUAACGUUACCGGAAUAGGAAUUGAGGAUCGUGAGUGGCGAGAGACAUACAACCAUCCGCAGCGUUCGGUGUUCAACAAGUUUCAAGACGCAACGUCGGAAGCAAUGGCACUGUCAAUUGAUGAAGACGACAGCAAAGAACAAGACGAUAUCAGAAGAAGAGAGUUGGCACUUGCCAUGGCAUUCAUGCGAUCAUUAUGCGUGACGCCGAUAGAGACAUACUCAAAGGAGCACAUCAGCAAGCAACGCAACAGCUUAUUCCCCACCCUCUCUAGAGCAGAGGUCGAGGGUCUCAUGGUGAAGGGCGUUGAUCAGCUCCAACGUGAGGGUAUCAUCUCGAAAUCCAACUCCCGGUUCCAGAAUGGCUGGCGUUGGCGCAUUGCCAACCGAAUCACCGACCUGCUCGACAAGGUUGCACACGAGGAAAGACUCGCUCAAGCCCUCGCCUACAAACGGGAACUCGACAAAGCCUUCCGGGCUGGUGAGAAGAAACGUGUCACAUAUAUCACCAACGACGGCAUGAUUAUGGCCCUGCUCAACCUGCAAGCCUACCAGCGCGUCCGCAUCGAGACCACAGGCCAGCCACACGUACCUAUGGGUUUCGAACCGGGCAACUACGAGACGAGAAAGUAUACCAAGAAAUACCUUCACUUCCGCAUAGAUGUCAUCCCUACGGAGACCUACCGCUACGACGACGAUCAAGAGCUGGUUGAUUUCCGCAAGCGCAUCAUGUCAGCACCGCCUCCUAACAUGGGGCCGGAUGGCGCGACGCCCAUCUGGUGCGAUGUGUUUAGCCGAGUUGACGCAACUCGGUGGUUGCGCUAUCUGUGCGUGGUACUUGUCACGAUCGCUUCCAAGGGUGCCAUGGGCCCUGAGGAGCUGUGCAAGACGCUCAAGCCAGCGAUAAUGCCGUUUGAAGCUGAGCUGAUCAUCAAGUGGGCCCAGGAGUUGGGUAUCCUUGGACAGCAGUAUGAGGGCACAGCCCUAACGGUGAUGGAGUGGUGGUGGAUGGUCUUGGACGCGCAAAGGCAAGGUCUGGAGUCUGGUCUUGCUGGUGCUGAUGUAGCAGAGGGAAUGAGGACUAGGAGAAUGUUUCCUGGCAUGAUGAAAUUCUAGCUUGACCACUGGUGUAUCCAAGACGAGAACUGAGAUGAAGAUGUCAAACGGAUCUGAGAAGAUUAUACAGCUUGUGAAGGAAGGUUAUGGCUUCUCAGUAUUGCUCAGAAAAAGAUGUGCUUCAGGUGUCUGUGGCCGAGGGAGCAACUGUUGGAGCAGAGACGAACAUUGUGAAGGCAAAGCAGCAGAUGUGAACGGAGAAGGGGAAAAGGGAAAACACAGAUCAUGAGCUCCAUUUCAGGUCUACUACUACCAUUAAAUGAUACCCAGCACACUUUCAAUU